CAGGUUAUCUAUGCCCGUAUAUCAUGAACAAUUUAUAUAAUUGAUCAAAAUCAUUUUUAGGAUCAGCCUAUCCACAUUCUUUUUACAUAAUCCCUAACGUUAUAUCUCAACUGUGUUUAUGUGCUGUUUCUAGGGAGCUUCUUGCGUCUGGAAUGAAAGACUUUGAGGAGAAAUUGUUUAGUUUACUGUGUGAUCACAAUGGUCUUGUCUCCAUGGACAGGUUUAAUAACCUUCUUGAAGAGACUGGUUUACGAGGGACAGAUUUCCGGUUAAAAGAGACGAUGACAAAAUUCCGGGCGGUUCUGGAGAGACAACUUCAUAAUGAAAAUGAACUGAGAGGAUUGGUGGACAAAGAAACCUUUCUCGACUGCGUUUUGGACAAUAUUGUUGUUAUAUCAAAAGCCCUGACCAGCCAGUUUGUGAUACCGGAGUUCAAGCCUUUUACAGACAUUAUAGACAAAAUCUACGAGUCAUGUAAAGAAAAUGACCGCGGUCAGCCAGCACAAUAUAUCCCACAACUUGCACGUGGAAAUCCAGAACACUGGGGUGUUUCUGUUUGUACAGUAGAUGGUCAAAGAUAUGACUUGGGAGAUACGAACAUACAAUUUUGUCUUCAGUCGGUUGUAAAACCAUUGAACUACGCCUUGACAUUAAAUGAUCUAUCCCCAGAAGUGGUCCACAAAUACGUGGGUCAGGAACCGAGUGGGAGAUCAUUCAACGAGCUAACACUCGACUAUCAACACAAACCACACAAUCCAAUGAUUAAUGCAGGUGCUAUUGUGAUUUCGUCAUUGCUAAAGAAGGGAUUGGUCAUUGCUGAUAGAUUUGAUUACACUCGGAAAAAUGAUGAACCUGAUUUGAGAUAUGUAGAAAAGGCAAUGGAUGAGUUACGACGGUUAGCAGGUCAGGAGCACGUCUCAUUCAAUAAUUCGGUUUACCUAUCGGAGAGAGCUACAGCUGACAGGAAUUUUGCAUUGGGUUAUUACAUGAGGGAAAAUAAUUGUUUUCCUCCAGAGGCACGAUCUGUGAAAAUCCUUGAUCUACUAACUUUCAAGUAUGCCAUUAUAUAUUUUGUUGAUCAAGAAACUCUUGGCACACUUUGUUCUAUAGAAGUGACGGCACAGUCCGGUGCUGUUAUAGCCGCCACCCUGGCUAACGGCGGCAUCUGUCCUACAACUGGGGACAAUGUGCUCGAUCCUCAGGCUGUACAAAACACAUUGUCACUCAUGCAUUCCUGUGGCAUGUACGAUUAUUCCGGACAGUUUGCUUUUAAGGUUGGGUUACCGGCAAAGUCAGGGGUAGCUGGAGGUGUCAUGCUUGUAAUUCCCAAUGUAAUGGGAAUCUUUACCUGGUCCCCACCGCUAGAUCAGUGGGGAAACAGCAGUAGAGGUGUACAGUUCUGCGAGGAACUAGUAGAGAAUUUCAAUUUCCACAACUACGACAAUCUGAGACACACCAAUAAGAAGUAUGAUCCUCGAGGUCGAGCCGUGGAGUCCAAGGCACAAGAUGUUGUCAGCUUGCUAUUUAGUGCCUACAAUGGUGAUGUCACUGCUAUGAGAAGGUAUGCUUUGCUCGGGAUGGACAUGUCUUUGGCGGACUAUGACGGCAGGACGGCUCUUCAUCUUGGGGCAGCUGAAGGUCACGAAUCAAUUGUCCGAUUCCUUCUUGAGAAAUGCGGGGUGAACGCUCAUCUUAAAGACAGAUGGGAUUUUACUGCCUAUGAUGACGCCAAACGUUUCAAGCAUGAAGACAUUGCAAAACUGCUCAAAGAAUACAUGUAAACAUAUUUCAAUUCAUUUUGGAAAAUACACAGUUGAAGAAGUUUACCAAUCACGCGAAAAAAAGCAGCAACAAAAAAAAUAAUAAAAACAACAUAGUUAAUGAUAAAAAAUUGUUCCCCCAGGAGGAAAGUGUGAUUAUUUUCAUAUUGCAUGCUUUUGUACAAAUAUUCAUUUAAAGUUUUCAUAUGACAAUCCAGAUAGAGUAUAAACAGCAGAAUAAUUCAACCAAGCACGUGCAAUUUAGCAACAUAGUUAAUGAGAAAAGGAAGUAGUUUCCACAGAAAGAGGAAGAUUGUGUUUUUUUUUUGUAUGUAAACUUUAAAGCAAAAGAAAUACUCUAAGGAAAUGGCAAUGCACUAUUUCAAUACACUAACGAUUUUUCAAACUAUUUGUCCCGUAAAAAGGUAGUAUACCUUACACACAGUCUAAGAAAUGCGUUAUGAUAUGCUUUGAACGAUUUUUUUCCCUAUCCUUUGUCCCGUAAAAUGGUAGAUUAAUCUUACAGACUUAUUAUAUUAUUUCUAUAAUGUAUUGUCUAUUUAUCUUUUAUAAAGGUUUCAUAUACAUGCAAAGUACACUAAUGUAUGAUAUACUAGCAUAGAUAACAUGUUAAAAGUAUUUAUUCUUGUCUUAAUUCUUUUGUACGUCCCUGGC